CCAACCCUCUGAAUCCAUCCAGCUGGUGCGACGCUCCGCAGCAGUAGCGCGCCACACUCACUAUGGCUUUAGCCGCAAGCAGGACCCUCUUGGCGCUAUUCGUUACGUUUUGCGCACCAGGAUGCGGAUGGACAGCAGAGAAGCCCCUGCGGCCACACAAUGGGAAACAGACAUCUGUGGACAAGGGCCUGAGGGAGAGCUGGGAGCCUUCUAUCCAUCUGGAUGGAAGACCUGUGGACCGCUUUGUCAUCAGCUCCAGCAAACCCACGAGGUCUCACCGCUUCACUAAAGUGGGAAAGGACAGUCGCUCUCAUCUACUGGAGGAUGUAGACCCUGAAUGGGUUAACCUGGAUGGCUUUGCUGUGUUGGGCGGUGCACCUGUCAGCAACUCAUCAGCAGGUCCAGCCAGGUCUCCAAAAACAACUGCCAGAAAUCAGCCCUCUGUACAGCGGUCCGCCAGGGUCAACAGAACAGCUCACCCACUGGCAGUUUCUAAUACCAGGACACACAGGAGGGCCCCUCAGUCCUCUUCAGGUCCCAGGCAGCCUGAGAGAGCUUCGGCAGGAGCCCCCCCACUGGAAAGGAGACGCCAACACCACACCAAGCCUCAAUCUGACCAGAGAAACCGAAACACACACAAACUAACAUCUGAGUCCGUUCAUGUGGUGUCACUGCAGGCACAGAAAGCCCUGGGCCAGAGCGCACCCAUAAACAGAGCCGUCGCAGCCAAAACAACCACACCAGAGCCACCAGAGUAUGAAGCCCGGGACAUCAGUGUCAGGGUCAUGUCUCCUCAGUCAGUCCUCAUCUCCUGGGUUGACCCUGCUGUUGAGAUGGGGAAGGUCACCCAAAUGGAAUCCAGAUCCUACACAAUUAGGUACAGGGAAAAAGGUGAGUCAGCACGCUGGGAGUACAAGGACAGCACCCAAAGGAGAAUGAUGAUAGACACCCUGUCUGCUGACGGCAUGUAUGAGUUCUCUGUCAGAAUCUCUCAAGGAGAAAAUCAUGGGAAGUGGAGCGUCUCCGUCUUUCAGAGGACCCCUGAGUCAGCACCAUCUGGGCCUCCAGAGAACUUUGAUGUCAAACCAUUACGAGGGAAAGGAACUGCUGUCAUAGCAACGUGGGAUCCACCUGAAGAACCUAAUGGGAGGAUAAGAGAGUACAUCCUGUCUUAUGCUCCUGCUAUGAAGCCUUUUGGAAUGAAAAGUAUGACAUACCGUGGCAGCAUCAGCACAGCCACCAUAGAUGGCCUUACACCAGGAGAACGGUACAUCUUCAAGAUUAGAGCCACCAACAGGAGGGGGCAGGGACCACAGAGCAAGGCCUUCAGUGUUGCCAUGCCAGGAUCCAGCAGUGCUGCCUCACCGUUCUCAAAAACCAAAGACAGCCACAGGACUAGCCACACUCCUUCCAAACAGGAUACAGACCAUGAUGAAUCCGACCUCAAGUCAACAGAGGUACCAGAGGAACCAACCACACCGCCUCAGUCACGCAGGCGGUUACGCCCACUUUCCCAGACACGCUCCUAUCACAGCAUCUUCUCCUCUGUAAGGGGCUCAGUCAGGAAUGCAGUGAACAGAGGGUCAUCCAGAGGAAGAGCUCAGGAAAGAAAAGAUCAGGAGGAAGAAAAAAAGAAAAUACCCACAACGCCACCUACAGCAGAGGAGACAACAACCAUGGAGGUUGUACUGGAGACAAAAGAACCAGACAAUAAUGUUUCUCCUGAAUCUGAGGCUGAAAUUAUAUAUGAAAAACAGCCCCUAACUACUGAGACCCCCAGCCUCAAAGUUCUGACGCCCUCCCCGACUAAACCAUCUACUCGUCCCAAUCCACCACCCAGACGGCCCAUUAAGAUCAGGGUCCAUCAAAAACCAGGAUCCAAGGCUGCUUCAUCCUCCUCAUCCACCUCGUCAUCUUCUUCUACUUCAUCCUCCUCAUCUUCUACCACCUCCUCCAAGUCCUCCUCUUCUUCUGAUUCCUCCUCAUCUUCUUUUUCUUCUACUUCCUCUUCAUCCUCAUCAUCCUUACCUUCUACAACGUCAUUAUCCUCCUCCUCCUCCCGUACUCAGGAAUCGGCAGCCAGUAGAAAGGAUUAUGUAGCUUCCACAUACCCAGAGAGCAAAGACACAUACGAUAAGCUCAGCAAAACAGAUACAAAAGCUUCCACCACAGUUGUAAAAGAGACCAAUUCACAGCAGACAGAAGCUACAUCUGUAGGCAGAGGUUCAGCUUCAGCUGGGCGCACCAAUGGGUCUGGGUUUGGUUCUAGGUAUGGUUAUAGUCGAAGACAUCCAGGAAUUUUGUUCAGAGGGAAUUCAACUCGAAUGCCGAAUGGUUACAAACCUGCCAUCACCUCACAGUUGAAUUUACCAAACAGAAACCAAGCAACAUCAAACACACGUAGUUCAGCAACAUCACAGUCCACUUUACCCGACAGGACUCAAGACCACAAAACAUUACAUACUUCCAAUUCAGCAACUUCCAGGUCCCCUUCUAGAAGUGGAACCCUCAGUCAGGCAACAUCAGAUCCAUAUCAUUCUGACAAAUCACAGUCUACAUCAGAGUCCAAGUCUCAAGGCUCUACUCAGAACUCAGGCACCAAUCCAUCCACUUCGCAGAGCAGCUCAAACCACCCAUCCACCAUAGACACGUCAAGCUCUUCUCAGUCAACUUCACGCAACACACACAACACAGAGAGUUCGCACACAUCACCUGAGGGAGACACAGCAAUCAGAGAGGGUAAUGAUGACAGUUAUUACAAAAACACAGAUGAAGCAACCAAAGUGGAAGAGCCUACUUCAAGCUCUAAACCACAACCCACAGAAGAGGAGAGAAGGGGGGAAGAAAGAAGGGAGGAAAGCAGUACUAAGAAAUCUGUGGGUCCUCGUACCAGAAUUAGCCCCUCAUUUGCCGAAAGAUUCCCUUGGCUAGCUAGCCGUUACCCAGGCAGACCUGGUCUAGGGACGAGAGUGUCGUCUUCCAAGCAGGAUGGUAGGACUCCCCUGACCAGGACUUCAUCCUCCAUAGGGGCUGGCACACCUUUCUUGAGGGGGACACCCACUAGGGUUUCAGGGGCCACAGGUGCUGCAGGAGUGUCCAGGAUACAGGAGACUAGUGAAGAUCUGAGGAAUCCUUCCACUCAUGACUCGCUAAAGAAUGGGGUUGGGGCAGGUUCAGUUAAGCCUUCUCUGACCAAUAUUAAUACUAGAAACCCAACUACCUCAUCCUCUUCAUCUUCAUCAUCUUCCUCUUCAGCAGCCACUUCUUCAAACUCUGAUUCCCAUCAUUCAAGUGGACACAGAGACUCAAGUGAGCCCAUUCAUAGAGAAACCUCUAAUAACAAUGAUAACAAUCAUAAUAAGGAUUAUCUUGAUGAGAGGAGUAGAGAAAUCAGUGGAAAAAAUGAUAAAGUUGCAGACCCCGCAGCCGCCCAAAAGAAUUCCACUUUGACUUCAGUUGACCCUCUCAGAAAUGCAGAGGAUGAUCAGAGUGUGGACACUUCUAGGACAAGACCUGGCUCACCGUCUGGAGUCACUCCAAGCCAUCGUCGUCCUUUUGUCGGAGUGAAUGGGAGGGUACGCUCUCCUCUGCUGACUAACAGGCAGUUUGGUGGAUCUAGGCUUCCCAUCAGACCACAGCCAGCACAGAACUCAAGGCUGGGUUCCUCCUCAUCAUCAGAUUCCUCGUCUUCCUCAAAUGUUCCCCAGCCAGUUUUGACCUCAGAUCGUGACGUUGGCAGUGGCACUACUGUGACAAAGACAGGGGGAAUAAUUGGGGGCAACUCCCAGUCCACGUCGUCGUCCUCAGCAUCUUCAUCAUCAUCUAGAGACAGCUUUAGGGGGCCAGGGGGUAGGUCUCGCUAUCCCAUCCUCAGAGGAAAACCAAACAAUGGAGGACAAAUCAAGCCUGGCAAUGGAAAUGGUAAAAAUGGACGACCCAACCUGACAGCAACAAAUGAAAAAGAGUCAUCGUCCUCUCAGGGGAUCAGCAAGGCUGCUGGUCAAAGGUUUAUUACUGGACCUGAUGGAACCAAAUGGGUGGUAGACUUGGAGCAGGGGGUUCUCAUGAACCAGGAUGGACAAGUUCUCCAGGACUCCCAGGGCAAACCUAAGAGAGUGGUUCUUGGAGAGGAUGGACGCACAAUUUUUGACCUCAUGGGCAGUCCCCUGGUAAAUCAGGAAGGUAUGGCUCUGUUUGGCCAUGGCCGAGAUAGCCAGCCUGUGGUCAACCCCAAAGACAAGGUCCUCAUGGUUGGAGGGAAACCUGUUCUUGGCUUGGACCUUCCUCACCUCAGGACCACCACCACCACCACCACCACUACCACCACCAUGGCUCCUACUACCACACCUGAACCCACCACAACCGAAUGGAUCAUAGAGGAAUCUACCACUGUACUUCCGUUCCCAACCUGUCCACCUGGAACCUUCUCCAAAACAGAUGAAUAUGGGUAUCCAGUGCUGGACCCAGACGGAAUAUUGGACUGUUAUCCGGAAGAGGAAUCCUCAGGAAUGGAAAUGGACCACAUGGUUACAGUGACCAUGGUGCCUGAUGCUUUAGCUCUUAAGAAAGAUGAGCUUUUUGUCCAGACCACCCUGCCACCCACAACUACCACCACCACCACAGAGAUCCCAUCCUCAGAGCCACAGACCAGACCCUUCAACAAAGGCCCUUCAUCUGAGUAUGACCUCAGUGGGAAGAAGCGAUUCACAGCUCCCUAUGUGAACUACAUCCGGAAGGACCCAGGUGCUCCUUGCUCCUUGACGGAGGCCCUGGAGUAUCUUCAGGUCGACGUCCUAGAAGACCUGAUGAAGAAGGACAGUCUGGCAGCCAAUCAGAAACAGCCUCCCAAAAACAGGCCUCAUAAUUUCACUGUGGUCGCCAUGGAGGGCUGCCACUCAUUUAUCAUCCUGGACUGGGCCCGCCCACUUAAGGGUGAUAUGGUGUCAGGCUACAUGGUCCACAGUGCAUCCUAUGAUGACGUCCUCAACAAUAGAUGGUCCUCUAGAGCCUCCAGCGGGACACACCUGCCUGUGGAGAAUCUCAAACCCAACUCUAGGUACUACUUCAAAGUGCAGGCCAAGAAUGUGUUUGGUUUGGGACCAGUCAGCGAUACGCUCACCUAUGUCACCGAAUCAGACGACCCACUUCUUAUUGAAAGACCACCUGGUGGAGAACCAAUCUGGGUCCCCUUUACCUUCAAGUAUAACUCGGCCCACAGCAGCUGUAAGGGCAGCCAGUACGUCAAGCGGACUUGGUACAGGAAGUUCGUGGGCGUGGUUUUGUGUAACUCUCUGCGAUACAAGAUCUUCAUGGGAGAUGGUCUUAGAGAGCCCUUUUACAGUAUAGGAGAUACAUUUGGCCAGGGAGAGGACCACUGCCAGUUUGUGGACUCCUACAGGGAUGGGAGGACAGGCCCGGCCUACCUCUCCAGUAAUCUGCCCUCAGCACAAGGAUUUUAUCGUGCGUACAGACAGGAGCCAGUUUCAUUUGGAGUUAUUGGCCGACGUACAUCCCAUCCAUUCGUGGGCUGGUAUGAAUGUGGAGUGCCAAUCCCCGGGAAGUGGUAACACAGGAGGAGAAGAAGGAGACAUUGUUACCGAGGGCAACCCUUCCGCAUCCUGCUGCAGGCUCUUACAGUCACUGGUCCUGCCCUUAAAAACAGACUUUUGCCUGCCACAAUGAAAAGACACCACUACGACUUUAAUACAGCUUCACAGAAAGAGAAUAUAGUACUUUUAAACAACUCAAUGUAUAUCAUUACCAUGCACUUUUUAUAUAAAGCAGUUUGUAUAUGAGGGAAAAAAGAAGCAUGUGUGCUCUUGCUUAGUUUAACUCUUGUCUGAAAGUGUCCUCGUACUAUUACCAACUAUCCCAGAGACAGGUCCUCACCCAGUGUUAUUUAUCUCAUCAAUAAUGCACACAAACCAGUGACAUUGGACCAAAGCACAAGCUGCAAAGCAAACUGUAAGAAUGGGCACUUAAGGUGUGUGUAUAGGUCUGUUAAUUUUCAGUCGUGAGAUUUGUAUUUCAUAAUGUAACGGCUUCUGACAGCUACUUUUUUUGUUGUUUAUUUGUGUUCUUAAACCAUCAUACUGUUUUUUUACACCCUUUUGGUAUUCACCAGAAUUCAUUAAAAGUUACUGUGUAAGUUUUGUAUGUAUACAGACAAAGAAUAAAAGACCAAAUAUUUGCUCAGGAACUGUGGGAGAUUGAAUAAAGGUGCUAUGGAAACCACAGCAAUCCAAAUACAUGAAUCAUA